UGGACGACGCCGGCAGACUAUGAAACUAGCUAAAAGAAGACACCAGUCAAAAGAAAGCACCGGUAAGCGACGACGAAAUCAGCAAAGAACUACAUCGAAAAACACAAACCAGAGCACCAGUAAUCGGCGGAGACGACGCCGACGAGAGGACUACACUGGAAUACAACGACAUCAACCAAAAGUAACGACGACGACUCCAAGACAUUUCCACACAAGGCACUAA